GUACUAUGGUGUAUUGUUACUAUAACGGUAGUAAUUAUAAUUAUUAAUUGUGUUUGAAACAUAAGAAAUUUAGUAAUCGACAAUGUGUCUGAAUAGUGCAUACCUGCGAUGGAUACGGCGGCCACUUGUAAGUAUUACGUAACGAAGUUGCUUGGUAUUAGUCCUCCAAAACCAAAUUGUGUGUACGACGUACGAUCUGGUAAUGUCCGUAAUCGUGGGCAAAAAUCCCUGUUUCGUGUUUUCUACCGAUCGAAUGGAAGACGCCGAAAGCAUCGUCAUAGAGUUAAUGUACCGGAGUCCUAUGUUCCAUCGAUGCAUGCAGACGAAGUUGGUGCAAAAAUAGGCGAUGGCCAUGUGCUGGAAGAGGAUACAGUUGAGGAUAUCGAGAAGAAGUUCCAAGGUUUUCGAAACGUCUUCGAAAAAUGUAAGGUUAAGAAAAAGAAACCUCGACUAUUCAAUGUCAGUUCAGGGCUACGAUUCACAUUGGUUGCAAACACAAUGUUGAUGGACAGUCAAAAAAAAUCAAAUGGAGACUCCACGAAAACCAUUUCUGAAGAAGAUGAUGCCCUCGAGAAAGGCAACGUUGUUGAUGAAGAGGAUUAUGACGAAGAAGAAGAUGAAGAUGAAGAUGACAAAGAAGAUGAUGAUGGUGAUGACGUUGAGUACAUAGCUGAAGAUGAUAUUGUUAAUAAUCCAACGAAUAUGGUCGAAAAUGAUUUAGUUGGCGAGACAUCGGAGACAAAAUGUCCAAAAGACGUUGCGGAUAAAGUAAAUUCCUGGAUCGAUAGCUCCGUUAAGCUGACAGAUGAAUAUUCUGAAGAGGAGAGUUUAUUUAUCGAUGAAGAGGAUGCCAAUCAUCAGUGCGACCAAAAUUGUGAAUAUAGUACUCCCCAUAUAAACAACGACUUAUCUGACGACGGCGGCUCAACGGCAUUCGAACUGGAGGAUCAACUAGUUAGAGUAUUGGAAAAAAAUACCGAGUUAACCAUCCAAAAUACAGAUCUACACAAACAAGUAUUACAGCUCCAACAUGUGAAAAAAGGCUCCGGGCUGAAUUCAGUAUCAGCCCGGGAAAAUGCUGAUCAAGAAAUCGAUGAGAUCCUCAAGCUUAUGCAAGAUGCGACCGAUAAAAAGAGAGCGUUGGAAAAAGAGCAUAAAGAAUGCGUUGUCCAACUUCAAGAUAAACAGCGUGAAUUACAAACUAAACCAUCAAAUAUUAACUAUACAGAGAAAACUAGACUGUGUGAAAACAUUGAAUCCUUACAAUCCAAGAUUCGAGAGCUGGAAAAAAAGAUGGAGUUGGAAAAUGUCAAACAAGAAGAGCUACAGUUAGAAUUAGAGCAUCAUAAGAAGUCUAACUUGAGAACGUCAUAUAAGACGACAGACUUGACUUUAAAUUCACCUGCAGAAUCCACUGCGUCUAGUGGAGACCUAAGAUCAAAUUCUUUAAAUCAUUCUUCUUUGCCUACAUCAUUAGAACACAUGUAUUCUACUGAUCAACAAAGACAACAUAGAAUACAAUCCGCAGGAGAUGUUUUGGAAACAAUUAAUACCAAUAAAACAAAUAUUGCGGGAAGAAUAUCGGCUUUACCUUCGGAAAUAGAUCGUAUAAUGGCGAAAAUUGAUCAAGAUAAUCGAGUUUUAGCUGAGCUCGACAAGACAAGAUCUACGAUAGUUGCCGGGGGUCCUGGGCAAACAGCACCGCUGCAUAAAGUCAAAAUAAAAAGUGAUAAAACGGAUUCAAACACAGCACCGCUUCGGUCGUGCUUGAAAAAACGCAGUUUACCGACAGCUGGUGUACUCACGUCUGUUUCGAGUUCUAUACAAGAACCGAAUUAUGCCUUGAAUUCUACGCCACAACAUAUGAAUUAUCCGUAUACAGAGCUUUAUCGAAUGGCCCCGGGUCAUCUCACACAGACAUAUCAACCCUUAUCCAUCGGCACAUCAGUGUUACCAAACGUAGGACCAUUAACCACUACAACUCCAGCACUAGAAACAGUUUUGUUGGCUAGUGGACAACAGUCUAGACUUCAGCCAAAAGGACGGAUUAUGCCAGCAAUUCCUAGCAUGAUCAAUGCUCAACAAGAUAUCGAUUACCAAAAUAAUAUUAUAAACGACGCAUUAGGAUUGAAUAUGGAUUCAACAAAACGUAUUGGGGAAAGACGAAUGCCUGACAUGUUGGAUAUACCUGGAAAAGGCCAAUGUUAUGUUUAUUGUGCGAGAUAUACAUAUGAUCCAUUUUAUUGUUCACCUAAUGAAAAUUUUGAAGAAGAAUUGCCAAUUACUGCUGGGGAUUAUAUCUUAGUGUGGGGUAAUAAAGAUGAGGAUGGAUUUUUUGAUGGCGAACUUUUAGAUGGUAGACGGGGAUUAGUGCCUUCUAAUUAUGUAGAACAACUAUAUGGUAGAGAUCUUGAAGAUUUUUAUCAAUCUAUGGUAGUAAGACUUAGAGAAUGUGACGAUAGUGCAACAACCACGGUUCCUCAAAAUAUUGAAUAUAUGCUCCCAGACGAACAAAUGAAAAGACUGGCUCAACAUGAGUAUAAUAACAUGUUAGAAGAACUACAGGAAGAUGAUAAUGUCGAUGACGAUGUACCGGCACCAAAGCAGUUGACGUUGGAAAGGCAGUUAAACAAAAGUGUGCUCAUUGGAUGGAAUGCGCCGUCGCCUGAGGAAGGAUGUUUACCAGAAUCGUAUCACGUAUACGUAGAUGGAAACUUGAAGACGACCAUAAAGGCUACAGAGAGAACUAGGGCAUUGGUCGAAGGAGUUGAUUCAAAUAAGCCACAUAGAAUCAGUGUUAGAUCAGUUACGGCUAACAGAAGAACAUCAAGGGAUGCAGCUUGCACUAUGGUUAUUGGUAAGGAAAAAGAGUUACCAUUACGACCAUCGCAUGUUAAGGCUAGCCAAGUUACGUCAACAUCGGCUGUUAUAUCAUGGCUGCCAAGCAACAGCAAUUUUCAGCAUGUAGUAUGCGUUAAUAAUGUUGAACUCAGAACUGUCAAACCUGGUGUUUACAAACAUACAAUAACAGGUCUGGUGCCCAAUACUCUGUACAGGGUAACAGUUAGUGCUAAGACGUUACGUGCACCAACAUUCGAUCAAAAAAGGACUUCUAGCUCUAUGGAGAAAUUUUCAACGCACAUAAAUUUUAAAACGCUGCCUAAAGGCUGCAAAGGACUUCCAGAUCCUCCUUCAGAAGUACAAGUAGAAGCAGGACCACAAGAUGGAACCUUACUGGUAACGUGGCUUCCAGUAACUACCACUCUAAGUGAUCCUUCCAACCGUGGUCAUAUAACAGGUUAUGCCGUGUAUGCAGAUGGCAAAAAAGUGUCAGAUAUUGAUAGCCCUACUGGAGAUCAUGCUUUAAUAGAUAUCACUCAAUUACUUAGCCUCAAUCCGAGGCAAGUUACUGUACGGACAAAAUCUAGAGAUAAUCAAUCUUCAGAUAGUAAUCCAGUUUUAAUACCGGGUGCGAAAAAUAAAUCACCUCAUCACCAUCACCAUCAUCAUCAUAAACCAGAAGAAGAUAAGCGAAUUAAAUAUGGAUCGGCAGUACCUAGUCACAUGAGACCACAACGCAACGCUUAUGGUCAAGUAAUCGUGGACACAGAAACUGAGAAUCUCAGUGAUAAAGAGAUAUUCCCAGGGCAAAUAAGUAUACCAUCGAUAGAAGUGACGAAAGAUUUUGCUGGUGAGGGAAAUUAUAGUGAAGAAGAGUUCAUGGAAAAUGGAAGAGGUGCUAGGCGUGCACCAUCGGCUCAUCCUCAUAGGCCUGCGGCUCCGAAUCCGAGGUCAAAACAACCUCAUCAUGUUCGUCAUCAUUAUGACGAAAGGGAACAAUAUUAUCAAAAUGAAAAACAAGUAGAGCCCAGAAUAAAACAUGUGAGUGGUGGAGAUCAAAGAGCUUACAGGGGCAGAAACUCGGAUCCUAGGCAAACUGCUUAUCAAAAAACACCGAGGGACAAACGUCCAAGAUGGGUGGUUGCUAUUUAUGAUUAUGAUCCUACAACUAUGUCACCUAAUCCAGAUGUUUGUGAUGAAGAAUUACCUUUUAAAGAAGGAGAACAUAUAAAGAUAUAUGGAGAUAAAGAUCCUGAUGGUUUCUAUUGGGGUGAAAGUAGAGGAAGAUUUGGUUAUGUUCCCCAUAAUAUGGUUAUGGAAUUAUCUGAUAUGCAAAAGAAUCAAGAUGUUAGGGUUAGGAAAGAUGACCGAUGGAUCGAUCCAUAUUCAGGACCGGUAAAAAAAAUGGUCGCUUUGUAUGAUUAUGAUCCGACAGAAAAUUCACCGAAUGUUGACGGAGAUCAGGUAGAGCUGCACUUCAAGAUGGGUCAAACCAUAUUCAUAUACGGUGAAAUGGACGACGACGGUUUUUACAAGGGCGAGUGCAACGGGGUCCGUGGCUUGGUGCCGUCCAACUUCCUGAUGGAGGUGGGCACCGAGUACGGACCAGAGGACGGUGUCGGGCCACCACCGUCCAAAGGACAACGGCAGUCGCAGCACCACCACCAGCUGCAGCAACAGCAGCAGCAACAGCAGCAGCAACACCAGCAGCAACAGGACAUGCGAGGACACGGGCCCGGGGCCCGGGGUCCACCACCCCCGCCGCGUGGCAUAGACCAGCCGCCCAAACGCAAAGAUGCCUGCCUUCCGCAAUAUGAUUAUCACCAGAUGUCAGCGGCGGAGGCGAGGGAGAGAGGAGAUCCGUACGAGAGGAGAGAUGGUAGAGACGGCGUGGUCGGCGGUCAGUCGUCGGGCGUAGGCGGUCAGCAGAGCUCGUCGGGCAAACUGUUCAAGGGCCUCGCUCAGGUGGUACCCGACUUUGGGCUCGGCAGCAGGCCGCACGACGGCCAACAGGCCCAGACCGGCCAGCCGGGCGGUGGCACGUCGAGUUUCAUGCAAAAGCUGAACGACCUGACCCACCACAACCCUAUCAUCGGCGCCACGGCCAACCAACAGCAACAGCACCAGCAACACCAGCAGCACCAACAGCAACAGCACCAACAGCAGCAGCAGCAGCAGCAACCCGACCACGGUGUGGACAAUAUACUGUCCAAAGGCAAAGAAUUGAUCUUCAUGAAGUUCGGGCUGGGCAAAUGAUGUUUACCGACGGCUAUUAACGUAGUGUUCACUGCCUGUGUCAUUGUGAUCCGUUUACUGUUAUCGUAUUAUACCUAAUGUCUUUCUCCACGUUUCUCGACGCCCGGUAAGUCUGUAGACAAAUACUUGUACGUAAAACUAACGUGUAUGGAUCGAACGUGUUUUUGCGAUAAGUUUCUUCGAUCUAUGAGGCGGGGGGAAUAAUACGUAAAAGCUCGCGACAAAGCGUUCCUCCCGAACCGAAUAGCUGCAGAAGCAGUUCUCGGUGACGUGAUUUUAUCCGAAACGGUUUUUUUCUAUUUUUUUUUUUCAAUUAAUAUUAAAUUUUGUAAGAAAAUCUAUUUUGAAACCACGUUAAUAGUCAACGGUAAACAUUUUAAUAGAAUACGAUCACGCACUUUACGUGCACUAUCCUCAUUAUACAUAUGCUACCUAUAUUGACUUCCAUAUAAGAUAAUUAAAUAUUAUUACUGUUACUACCUAUUAUUAUAAUUAUUAUUAUUAUUCUCCAAUUCGAUUUACAACACGUACAUUUAGUUUUAAUCUUCUUUUUUUUCAUGUAAAUAUAGCUAUAAUAAUAUUUUUAACCGAUAAUGUAAUCAUUUGAAAGUUUCAAUUUGUAUGGAUAACGUAUGUACACGUCAUUAUAUAAAUAUAUUUAAUAUUCGUACAUAUUAUUAUUAUUAUUAUUAUGUGUUUGAUGGUUACAAAUAUACGAUAGGUUCUUAUAAACUGUACGUGAGAAAAGUCAAAGGCUGUGAUAUUAUUAGUUGAUUACUUACAACCGCUUGUACCGUCCUCCGAAACAAUUUUUAAAAAAAAAAUGUCAACGAUUUUGAAACAUGAAAUCCAUAUAAAGAUACACACACACACACACACAGCGGCGGCGGUGACUUUCCGAAAUUCCGUGCAAAAUCUAUGGAAUUUGCGUGCUCUUUAUCUCUCCAUCUCUCUCACUUUUUUACACACACACACACACACAUACACAUACACUCAUACUUUUUCUAUCUCGUAUAUAAUAUAAUAUAAUGGGGUUUUCUCAAGUGCAUCGCUUUGAUUAUCCCUUAUGAGACUGCAUGGACACGUAUUAUUUCAUACCUAUAAUAUCGGUAUACACAACGUGUAAGUAUGCACACGAGGAGACCUUAACAAGUACACACCACAAUCAUUUUUUCCCUCGAUGUUUCCCAUAGAAAAACGAAAAUCAUUUAUUUAUAUUAUUAUAAUUGAUAGUCUAGUAUAAUGUAAUGUUAUGUGUAUAAUGUUCUUUUAUUUUUAAACCUAAAUUUUAAUUAUUUUUAUUGAAUUUCGAGGAGCGUUACGAAAAACACUCCACGGGCGCUUGGAAUUUUUACUAUAACGUCUAUAUUGUAUAAUUGUCUGUAUUCGGUGCCUCAAAUAAUUAAUAUCUAUAUUAUACAUGUUAUGUACAGUUGAUUUCAUUUCGCAACUGCCAAAUAUUUAUAUACGUACUUAUUAUCUAUUUCGUGCGUCGGUUGCUAUACUUGUUUUCUCGUCAAAACAUAAUGUUAUAAUAAUAUAGUAUAAUUUAUAGGUAUUAUGUUAGUUUUAUAUCGAAGAAGUCGAUCGGUUUCAGUUGUUGACCAAAUCGUACACACAGUUAUAAACUAUUACAUUUUAUCUGGCGUAGAUCAUUGAUUAUGACAUGUACAAACGUUAUAGAUAGCAAUAAUUU